AUGGGCACUUGCCUUCACCGCGCCUGGAUGCUGCUGCUGCUGUUGUGGUGGGAGCCCAGUUGGGGAGCUGCCUCGGGGGGGGACGGCACCGUGCCCCAGGACCUCCCGUCCCUCCUGGAGUCCCGGGACAGCCCGUGUCUGAGCGGCGAGCCGUGGGGGCCCGCGCUGCAGCCGCAGGGGCCCCCCGGGGACCCCCCGCCCCCUGCCACCCUCCUGCGCCCGCUCUCCCUGCGGGGUAGCCGGCACCGGGACGCGCUCCCCAGCCGCCUCCGCGGGCUGCGGAGCCUCUCCAGCGCGGAGCAGUCCCCAGCGCCCCGGCCGCGCCGGCGGGUGCUCGGCAGCCUGGCCGAGGCGUUGGGGCAGGCGCUGGCGGCAGGGGCGCCGGGCCCGGGGGCGGCCGGGGCGCUGACGGGGAAGGCCGGGGCGGAGGAGCCCGGCCGGGCCGCAGGACCCCGUGGGGCGGCGCGGAGGGCCCUGGAGGUGCUGCGGCGGAGGCUGGCGCGGGACGCGGGACGCGGGCUCGACGGCCGCCUCUGGAGGAGGGUGUCCCGCGUGCGGGGUGCCCUGGUGCACGAGGCCUCGCUGGCACUCGGCGUCCCGCGCCCGGACGGGGACGGACGCUGCUCCGCUGGGACCCUGCAGCAGCUCCUGCUGUGGGGCUUCCACCACAACGUCAGCUGGGACGCCCAGGCCCUGGGCUUCACGGCUGGGGCACUGCCGGCCCCGCCGCCCCUCGCUGGCUGCCUCCAGCCCGUGCCCGGGGAAGCGGCUGUGCCCCAGGGCGAGCCCUCGCUCUUGCCGCCUGUCCUGGAGGCUGUGUGCAACGACAGCGUCCCGGGGCUGCCCGGCGUCUCCAACUUCACCGUCCACCUCUACUGCAACCUCUUCAACAGCUCCAGGGGCCCCAGCCAGCGCCCCGGGCACCCGGGGGCCGCCUGCGCGGACGCGGGCUGGUACCUCUCCGGGGGCUCGGCGUGGGCCCGGGCCUGCCGGGAGCACUUCCCCGCCGAGUUCGCCGCCGCCGUCUGCGGCAACGUCUCCCUGCGGGAGACCCCGGGCCCCCAGCAGCUCCCGCUGCAGGAGCUCUGUGCCGGCCCGGCCGCCAGCCCCGGCACCCUCGGGGAGCCGGCGGGUGCCAGCGCCUCCCUCACGCCGCCGCCGGGGCGGCCCCAGCCCGGGGCACCGGAGAGCUGCCGCGGCACCCGGCCCGGGGCGCGCUGCCUGCUGCAGCAGCUGCUGGCCCUGCUGCCGCCGCCCGCCCCGGGCCCCGCGGGGCUCUGCCCCGGCCCCGCUGCCUACCUGCUGGGGCUGGCGUCGCGGCUGGCGCGCUGCCCGCAGGAGCCGCCCGGCUGGGCGCCCCACGCCCGCUACCUGCUGCGCCUGCUCGGCUCCCUCCCGGCCCUGCCGGAGCCGGGGGCGGCCGGGGAGGCGCUGAGCGAGGCCCUGCUGCUCGCCAGCCUCAUGGACAACACGUCCUUCUGGGGCUCGCUGCGGGCCAACGCCUCCGGCAGCAUCCUGCGGGCCCUGGGCCGCUACCUGGGGCAGGAGCCGCCGGCCUCGGCCAGGAGAGAGCUGCUGAGCUGCUUCAGCGCCGUGCUCUGGGACCUGCUCCAGGAGGACGAGGGGACCCCGGCGCUGGAGAUGCUCCUGCAGGAGUACCUGCAGCUGCCGCGGGAGACCCUUCACCAGCUGCUGCUCUCAGCAGAGAGCGAGGCCGUGCAGCGCUUCCUGGCCCUGCUGCAUCGCUCCUGGCACCGGCUGCAAGUGCUGCCAUCCAGAGAGGAAGCGCUGCAGUCUCUGGCUUCGCUGCUGCUCCGCAGGUUUCCUCAUCUCACCCCACAGCUGUUUGUCGACUUGUCGCCGUUCAUCCCCUUCAUGGCUGUGUCCGACAUCGCGAGGUUCCCGCCGGCCCUCCUGGCCAACGAGACCGUCCUCACGGCCCUGCGGACGCAGAGCGCCCAGCUGACGCCGAGGCAGAAAGCCGCCUUCGCCAGGCUCCUGCUGCAGGCCCCCCUCCUCGGGGCUGUGCCCACCUGGCCCCUUGGCUUCCUCCGCGCCGUCCUGCCGCUGCUGCCCCACGUGCCGCUGAGCAGCUUCCUGCAGCUCACGCCGCAGCAGGUCUGGGGGCUGGGGGCCGGCUGGCAGCUGCUGCGGCUGGGGCCGGCGCAGGGCCGCCACGUGGCACGCAGCCUGGUGAACGGGAGCCGUGAGGCCGGCCCCAAGGCAGCCCGGAGGCUCUGCCCGCUGACGGCCGCUCUGUGCAGGCUGGGGGCCCUCGCCUGCUUCCUGAGCCUCGAGGAGCUGCAGGAGCUGGCGUGGCUGCGGGACCCCCGGGGGCCGGCGGAGCAGAGCCUGCUGGCGUGCGCGGCCGCAGGGACCCUGCAGCAGCACGGGCGGGUCAUGCUCGCCCUGGCCGACUUGCUGCGCUCCGCCGGCCUGGCCACGGUGGGCCCCGGGGAGCUGCCAGCGUGGAGGGGCGUCCUCCCCGAGAUGGGGGUGGGCUUCCUGGGGCGCCUGUCGGCCGCCCAGCUGGACGCCCUCCUGCCCGCGCUGCGGCCGGCGCAGCUGACGCGCGCCCAGGUGACGGCGGGCGACGCGGACGGGCUGUGCGCGCUGCUGCCAGGCCUGGGCCCCGCGUCCCUGGCGGCCGCGCUGGCCCCGCUGCAGCGCCGAGGCUGCGCGUGCCUGGGGCCAGCCCUGCCGCUGCUCUCGGCGGCGCAGACGGCCGCGCUGCUGCAGGCUCUGCAGGUACCGCGGGCGAAGGGGGCCGGGGCCGGGGCCGGCCGCCCCGCAGCGCCCACCCCGGCGCCCGCCGCCUCCCCAGGGCCCCCGGCGGGAGCGGCCCCCGGACGGCUGCACCCCCGCCGCCUGGUGGCGCUGCCGCCCGCCCGCCGCGCCGCCCUGGCCCGCCGCGCCCUGCGCGCCCUGCCGGGGGGCCCCGCCCCCGCGCCCCGCCCCCGGCCCCGCCCCCGGCCCCGCCCCGCGGCGGGGGCGCUGGGGGCGGCGGCGCUGGACGCGCUGGGCCCGCUGGUGGGGUUCGUGGGCCGGGGGGGCGCGGCGCGCCUGGCGCCCGAGAGCCUGCUGCCGCGGCUGCCGGAGCUGCAGGGCACCUGCCUGGGCGCGGGGGCGGCGCGCGAGCUGGGGCGGCUGCUGCUGGCGGAGCGCGGCCUCGGGCCGCCCCCGCGCUGGCGCCCGCCCGCCCUGCAGCUGCUGGGGCGGCUCGUGUUCCUGCUGCCCGCGCGGAGCCUGCGCGCCCUGCCCAGGGACCUGCUGAGCCCCGCCGCCGUGGAGCAGCUGCUGCAGAGCCAGCGCGACUGGGACCGCAGCGAGCUGGGCCGCCUCUGCCACCCCCCCGGCCCCGGCCCCGGCCCCGGCCCCGGCCCCAGUCCGCAGCGAGCCCUGGUGGCCCCGCUGGUGGGAGCCGACGGGCCGGGCCGCCGAGGUGAGGCCGCAUUUGCACCGCCCCGCUCCCGCCCCGCUCCGGCCCUUCGUGUCCCCAGAGCCCCCCCGGGGCUGCCCCAGGCUCUGCUCGCACACCCCGCGCCCGUGCCCCACGCCCCGGGUGCCGUCCUGCCUGAGGCUGCCCCACGGCCCCGGGACAUCCCAGCCAGGGCUGGCCCUGUGCUCUCGUGCCUGGUGCCGUCCCCCAGCAUUGGCCCCGUGUGCCCUGUGCCCCACGUCCCUGGUGCCAUCCCCCGGCAUUGGCCCCGUGUCCCUGUGCCCCGCGUCCCUGGUGCCAUCCCCCGGCAUUGGCCCCGUGUCCCUGUGCCCCGCGUCCCUGGUGCCAUCCCCCGGCAUUGGCCCCGUGUCCCUGUGCCCCGCGUCCCUGGUGCCAUCCCCCGGCAUUGGCCCCGUGUCCCUGUGCCGCGUCCCUGGUGCCAUCCCCCGGCAUUGGCCCCGUGUCCCUGUGCCCCACGUCCCUGGUGCCAUCCCCCGGCAUUGGCCCCGUGUCCCUGUGCCCCGCGUCCCUGGCUCCGUCCCCCCCGCGCUGGCCCGUGCUCCCCCCGGCGGGUGCUGCUGGGGCCGGGGCGGGGGCCAGGCCUCGCUCCCCGCCGCUCCGCAGCCCCCGUGCCCAGCUGCGCCGACCUGCGCGCCACCUUCCCCGCGGCCUGGAGCGCGGCCCAGCUCGGCGCCAUGGACCCCGCGCAGCUCCAGCGCUGCCUGGGGCUGCUCGCCCGGGACCCGGCUCUGCGCCCCGACCAGCUCCGGGCCGUCCUGCGCCAGGCCAGGCGGGUGAGACGGGGCGGCGGGGCGGCAGCCGGGGACGCGGGCGCUGGGCCGGGGGCCGUGCUGGCCGCAGCUGCCGGUGCCGGUGCCGGUGCCCCGGGCGGCGUCUCCCGGCGCGGUGCCGGCGGAGCGGUGGCCGCGGGCGGCUCAGCGGGCGCCGCCGGUGCCGUGCAGCUGUGGGGCGGCUCGGCGGCACCGCAGGCAGCCCCGGCGCUGCUCCUGGGCCGGCUGGCCACCCAGCUGGGCGAGCCGGAGCUGCGGCGGCUGCCGCUCCCCGACUGGGGGGCCCUCUCCGCCCUGGGGGACCUGGACGGCUGGUCGGCCGGGCAGGUGAGGCCCAGCCGGGCGCGGGCCGGGCGGCCGGGCCCCCCCCGCGGUGCCCGUGACGGGCUGCGCUCCGGCAGAUGCGGGCCGUGGCGUCCAGCUUCCUGCGGCAGCGCGGGGCGCGCGCGGGGGACCUGGCGCUGCCGGAGCUGGUCGCGCUGGGGCACCUGCUCUGCGGGCUGCGGGCGGCGGAGAUGCGGAGCCUGGACGCCGGGGAGCUGGGGUGCGCGCCGCGGGGCGGGGGGCUCAGCGCCGUGCGCCGGCACCGGGAGCGGAGCGGAGGGCUCCCGGCGUCGCCGGCCCUGCCUGGCGCUGCAGGGCGCGUGGGCACGGCUGCCGCUCCGCGCCGCGCGUGGGGCCGAGCUCUUGCUCGGGGUGCAAUGGUCCCCGCUGCCCCGCAGCAAGGCGGCCCCUUUCCUGGGCGCCCUGAGCCUGCGCUGCUCGGAGCAGCAGAUGGAGGCCCUGGCCGCUCGUCUCACCUCCGGCGCAGCCUUCGGCCCGGCCGGCGCCUGGGGGCCGGAAAUCUUCGCGGAGAUCGGGACGCUGGCAGCCGGGCUCCCCGACGUCGUCCUCUCGGCGCUGGUCCCCGAGCAGAUCUGGGCGCUCACGCCGCGAGCCCUCGCUGCCAUCCCGGCACCCAAGUUCGCAGUGGUGUUCGGCCCGGCCCAGCUGCUCACGCUCUCCAGCGCCCAGGCCUCGGCCGUCACCCCCGAGCAGCGCCGGAGGCUCAGCGGCGCCCAGCGCCGGGCCCUGGCCAGCGCCCAGUGCGAGGGGGGGGCGGCCCCGCACAGCCAAGGUGAGAGCAGGGCGGCGUCUGCCCCCGUCGCCGCGUGGGCCCGGCCCCCCCGCUGCGGCAGCCCCGGGGCCCCCUCGCCUCCUGCGCCGCGGGGCCGCGCUCAGAGGCCCGGCUCCCUGGGGCGCGGACCCGCUCUGGCAAGGGGCAGCGGCAGACCUCGCCCUUCCCCGGCCGAGAGCCGGGCGCCAGAGCAGGGAGGGGGCCGGCUGGCGCCGCGUGGUGCCCCGCACCCGGAGUGCUGCCCGCGGGGAGCCCGGCCCCGCUGCGGCCCGGCCCGCGCUCCCCCUUGUCCCCGUCUCGUCCCACCUUGCGCAGCCGAGAUUCGCUCCCCGCUGCUGCCUCUUGCCCUAAGCCCAGACCCCGAGCAGCUCGGGGGGACGACAGCGGACUGUGCCAGCCCUGCACAGAGCUGUGCAUGCGCCUGUGUGUGCAUGCACGUGUGUAUGUGUGUGCGGGUGCAUGCGUGUGUGUGCAUGCAUCUGUGUGUGCAUGCACGUGUGUAUGUGUGUGCGUGUGUGUGCAUGCAUCUGUGUGUGCAUGCACGUGUGUAUGUGUGUGUGUGUGCGUGCGUGUGUGUGCAUGCAUCUGUGAGUGCAUGCACGUGUGUGCGUGCGUGUGCGGGUGCAUGCGUGUGUGUGCAUGCAUCUGUGUGUGCAUGCACGUGUGUGCGUGCGUGUGCGCACACCGCGGCGGCGGCGUUAGCCCCUUCCCGCUCCGGCGCGGCUCCGACGCGGCUUUCUCUGCUGCAGGCAGGAGCGGGGCCAGCCCCCAGGCCGGCUUCGCCGCGGCUCUCCUCCUCUGCCUGCCCCGCAGCUUUCUGUGAGCACCCGGCAAUAAAGCUGUGAGGGCUCCCAGCCCGGCUCCCC